CAAAGUCCAAAAAGCAACAUAGAUACCUUCCAGUUAAAGUUGAAGCCUUUUUACCAUGGACAUUCCAGUCUUUACAGUUGACGCGUUCACCAAUUUGCCAUUCAAAGGGAACCCGGCAGCUGUAUGUCUUUUAAAAAAUGAGCUGAGGGAAGAAGUGUAUCAGAAGAUAGCCGCUGAGAUCAACCUGUCAGAAACUGCCUUCAUCACUACAAUCAAACCUUCUGAGGAUUUCACAAAUGGUUCAAAAUUCCGCCUUCGUUGGUUCACGCCGACCAUUGAGGUCAACCUGUGUGGUCACGCUACUCUGGCCUCUGCUGCUGUGCUCUUUCACCAGAAAAAAAAUGUGAACUCUGCUGUAGUGUUUGAGACCAAAAGUGGAGAUCUGUCUGUUGUCCAGCAGGGGGAGGACUUGGUGAUGGAUUUUCCUCUCAACCCACCCACUAAGCAGGACCCAGACGAUUUUAGACACCUGAUCAAGGUUGCAGUAGGAGAUCACCCAGUGGAGGAUGUUUAUCUUGACUCCACCACUAAAAAACUGUUACUUCGACUGGCUGACACCUGUGACAGGUCAGUACUCACCGGUCUCACAGUCAACCCUGCAGCCCUUCUAAGCAGCGAUGCGAGCGGGAGAAUCAAAGGGCUCAUCGUCACCAUGAAAGGACCCUCAGACAGUCAGCCAAGGUACGACUUCUGCUCCAGAUAUUUUUCCCCAUGGAACGGAAUCCCAGAAGAUCCUGUCACCGGUUCUGCACACACUGUUCUAGGGAGCUACUGGUCCAAGGAACUGGGAAAGAAGAAAAUGCUAGCCUUCCAGUGCUCCAGUCGAGGAGGUGAGCUGGGCCUGGAGGUGAAAGACAACGGCAGGAUCAACAUAGCAGGGAAGGGCGUCACUGUCCUGCAGGGAACGAUCACACUGAAAUAAUCACACAGCCUGAGAAACAUUGACCAAUUCAUCACAAGUUUUAUUAGUAAGCAAGGUCACACGCACAAGAAAAAAAAUGCAACACAUAAAAAUCAUAGACGAAAAGCCAAUACAAGAAAAAAAAAAAAGUUAAAAUCACAAGUUAAUAAAUACAUUUUUUGGAA